UACCCAUCUGUGCCCCUCCACAUACAUGAUUCGCAUUAUAAUUGUGCAAGGGCUCAUUACUCAUCACUUUCGCAAGAUCCACGCCCACAAAUCUUCGAUUGAACACCCUCACCUCGUCAACACAAUCACGUCCACAACCAAACACCAACUGAAUGGCCGCCAAAUACGAGUCUGUAAAAUGCAAAUCAUGUGCCAGAGUCCUGGCUGCGGUGUCUGAAACGGGACUCACACCGACAACAUCGCCCGACACGCCACACGCAGGAUGUAGUACAUGUCAGCAAUUCGACUCUCUCUAUGAUGCGAUACGAGCUGCAGAUGCUGAUUGGGCUGUAUUCGAAAACAAGCGCGAUUCCAUCACUAAAUCCUUUGCGCGAGAGAACCACAUGAGAGCCCAUAUGGACUUUGACAACUGGUUGAUGACUGUUGAGGCGCCCGGAUCACCAAGAGACGGACAGGAUGCACAACUUGAAAACAAGGACUCAAACGACGGAGAUAAUACCAAUCAAGAUGAAGAGCAGAUACCUGGAACCAAGCGACGGCGAUCUCACUCUCCUACUACCCAGCGAUUUGGAGACACAUCCGGUUUAGCACCGCAUGAGCGACAAGGUAUACCGCUCUCACUCCGGCCAUCGCCCAAACGAUCACGUAGCGCAGCAGCAUCAACAGGACGCAAGCGACUGAAGUUUUCAGAUUCAGUCCAAUUUUACGACGACUACAGGAGCAGUGAGCAGUUUCAUCGACCGAGCGAAACGUACGUGCGGGGGAGGAACGCGCCGCCUGAAGGAUCGGAGUACAUGGAUACCAGCGGUUCCGGCCUGACGUUUCUCAAGUUCACCGGUAUAAAGAAAGUCGGCGCCAAGUGGGUUGAGCUGAGCGAGGACGAGCUUGCAGGACAGAGCGAAAAAGCAAAAUCAUGGGCGGAAUUGAAAAAACUCGCAGCUGCUGAGCACGCAAUCACUCAAACGGAAGAUGCCGUAGCAAUAGAUGAGCUGAACCAGAAUGAACGUGCUCCUACAGACGCUCGUGCUGCGAGACUUGCGCGGAGAGCUAAGGGAGCUUCGAGCGCUGAGCCAGCGCAAACUAGAAGUCUGAAAAGCAGACGGAGCCGGGAGACAUCACGAAAAGAGAAACAACCACAGCUUGACGGUGCGCCAGAUGGUGUUGAAGAGAUGACAGAUAGCUCAAUCUCUGCCUUAUCAACAACAAGAGCACAUGGCGAUCAUCAUCAAGUUGACGGAAUUCUAGGUCGAGUGGAGAAUAUUGGAGACGACGGUCUGGAGCGAAGAAGUGACGCUGUUCCAGAAACAGCAACCACAGCGGCGAUGUGCGCCGAUCAAGUGCGAGACGCUGCCAAACCCCACGAUGAGCCCCACAUGGAUACGCAAGUGACUAGUGAGGCAAAAUGCCAGGGCAAUGCAGCUAGACCAAGCACGAAUAGUGUGGAGCCCCAAUCGACUGCCUCCUCCGAAUACGGCUCACCGCAAACCUGGUCAAUGGAGAAUACUUCUUUCAAAGCUCACGAUGCAUCUGAAGUCGGCACACAAGAAUUGCUGCCUAAUCUGCUAGGCUUGCAACCGACCUCGACUAAUCAUGAGAGUUCCAAGACGGCAAGCACGGAAAGCCCAAGUCAGCCUUUAGGGCGCUCAUCGCGAUGCUUGUGAGGCUUCAAUGCAGAGAAAUGACUUUCCUCGCAACGAUACGGGAUUGGCUGCUCAAACAAAGCCUGCGCCCUUAGAGGAAAUACUGGCGAUAGAAACUACUGGGCAAGAGCCAUCCGCGGAACAGGAGCAUUUAGUCAAGGAUUUGAACACGCUCCCGUCACCCGAUAAUGAGCCUCAGGAGCAGGGCCAUUACAAUGCGGCUACUGCUAGCGUUGCCAUACCGCAAGACCCUGAUCGCCAUGCUGCAGCCAGAACUUCUACAGAAGAGACGCAGAUCCU